AGGGUCAGGAUGGCUGGGGAGUGACUUACACCUCUACUCAGAUCUGUGCUGUUAAAGGAUCAACAGUGGAAAUACACUGCAGCUACACAUACCCAUCCAAAAAGACUUAUAAAACUACUUAGGUGGAAAAAACAUUCUGGUUUACUAAAGGGAGUAAUAAAGCACCUGUAGAUCUGAAAACAGAUUCAGACUACACAGGUCGUGUGGAGUAUCACUGUGAUGAGAAGAGCUGCACUCUGAGAAUCAGAGACCUGAGAGAGAGAGACUCUGCUGAGUACAAGUUCAGGUUCAUAACAAACCAAGAUAAUUUCACUGGUUCACCUGGAGUCACUCUGUCUGUUACAGACCUCCAGGUGCAGGUGACAAGAUCAUGGACCCAGGCAGAGCUGAGGUGUCACAGCAGCUGUAAUGUACCUGAUAAUCCUUCAUAUGUCUGGUUCAAUAAUGGACAGAAAAUGGAUGGAGAAACAUCUUCUUCUCUCAGAGUCUCUGUUGAAGAUAACAACAGCUAUUCCUGUGCUGUUACAGGAUAUGAAGAUUACCGCUCUCCUCCAGUGUAUGGUCCAAAGCUUCCCUCUGUGUCAGUGAGUCCCUCUGCUGAGAUAGUGGAGGGCAGUUCAGUGAAUCUGACCUGUAGCAGUGAUGCUAACCCAGCAGCUACUUAUACCUGGUACAAGAAUGGUAAACCUCUCAAUAAAAAUACACCGCUUGUCUUCAGCUCCAUCCAGUCCUCUGACUCUGGACAGUAUUACUGUAUAGCUGAGAAUGAACUGGGGAAGACAUCUAGAUCCAUCUCUAUUGAUCUGAAAUAUGGUCCACAGAAUACCUCUGUGUCAGUGAGUCCCUCUGCUGAGAUAGUGAAGGGCAGUUCAGUGAAUCUGACCUGUAGCAGUGAUGCUAACCCAGCAGCUAACUACACCUGGUACAAGGAGAAUGAAGACUCACCAAAAGCAUCAGGACAGAUCUUCAUCAUCACUGACUUCAGAGCUGAACACAGUGGGAAUUAUUACUGUGUAGCCCAGAACAAAAGAGGAAGUCAGAACUCCACCUUACAUCUGAUUGUUGUAGCAGGUUCAAUGAAAUCAGUAGCUGCUGGAUCCAUCACUGCUAUUUUCCUGGCUAUCAUAUUCCUCUGUGCCUUCCUAUUUAUUAGAAGAAAGAGGUCCUGGAAACGAACCAGCGAGCCUGGAGCGAGACCAGACAACCAAGCUCAGGGUUCAGUGUAUGACAGCCCUUCAGCUCCAGUCCAGAGAACUCCAGCAGAGCCGCACGAAGACCUUUGCUAUGCCAGCGUGAGCUUCUCUAAAAACCAGGAAGAUGCUCUCUACUCCAACAUCAGGCUAGCUCAGCCUCACAGACACAAGGAGGAAGAGGAGGACAAGGAUGUGGAGUACAGUGUUGUCAAUUUUAAGAGUUCCAGUGCUACCACAGAAUCAGGAAAUCAAGAGGCUGCGGAGGAUUCAUCUGAACUGUACAGCACAGUCAGCAAACACCCAAGACUUUGAACACAACACAGAUCUGUGGUCUCUUUAAAGGGCAGGGUUGGUAAUGUUGAAAAACUAGCAAGAUUUGAAGGAAGCAUCUCCUCGGUGCUCCGUCUAACCCCUCCCCCUGCCCUCUGGGCUCCCCCCACACACAGACAUGCACCCUGCCUCGCUACUUUAGACAGUGUUCAAGCAGGUUAAACACACAUUUAUGAGUAUUAGGAUUAAGUUGAUAGACUGUAUUUUAUGCAUUUUUAUGGCAUGCAGCGUUAGGUCAUUUAUCUAGUGUCAUCAGUUAACAGCUGGUUAACUUGUAAUUUAUAAAAAUAUCAAUAUAGAAUUUGCUUAAAAAUGCAAUAAUUUACUGCCAGUGUGAGCGAAUCAUCUUGUCAUGUACAUUUCUCUGUAUAUAUUUCUGUAUAGCACCCGGGCUCCGUCUGGCGCUUAGCCCCGCCCAAGACAAUUGUGAUUGGUUUAAAGAAAUGCCAAUAAACCAGAGCACGUUUU